AAUCAAAACAAAAUAAAUAGUAAAAAUCAUAAUAACUAAAAGCAAAGCAGUACUAUUGGAUAAUCAACUCAAAUAUUCUACUUUAAAGAUCACCAUACCAUUUAUUUACUUAACUGCUAAAAUAUUAUAUUAGACUAAUAUUACUUAAAUAUGAACGUCUAAGCCGAAGUUUAAAAUUAUGCUGACAUUUUAGAGUUAUUUGUAAUUUUGGGAAUCAAAAUAACUAAUGAAACUUUAGAAAUCAGCGAUUAAGCUCAGUAAUUUGAAUUUUCUAUAAAAGAUGUUUACCCAUUUUAGGAAAAUAAGCCUGGAUUUAUUCAUAAUUUACAUCAUUGGUGUUUUCCAGAAGGCGUGCAUAUUUAUGACGAAUAAGGAAAUCAGAAAUAUUAAAACAAUUCAAUGAAGCAAGCUAUUAAUAAUAUAAGCUAAAAUAGCAAAUAGUAAAUAUAAGAUAAAGUAAACGUUUUUAACUUCGUAAUAACUGAUGAGAAUUCUUUAAAAAGAUACUGCACUUGCUUAUAAGUAUUUGAGUUAAGAAAGCUUAAAAUUAAAUCAACUUCAGAAGCUACAAAUUUAGAGUAUUAAAGAGUAUUUAUACCAAAAUCAUAUUGUUUAAUAAGUAGACUCAAUCUCUUGGAAGUCCAUAAAUAAUUCCUUGCCUUUAUUUACAAAUAUGUUGUACAUCCUUAAAUAGUCUAAAACUCAAUCUCAUAAAACAGUGAUUUAGUUUAUGAUUCUAUAAAAUUUUCUCAAACAUAAAUACAAAACUUCGAAAAAUACGCAAAUAACUAUGGAUAUAGAGAGGCCUAAAAAGUAGCCAUCAAUAAUAACUCAGAAUUAAAGGAAAAAGGAAGUAUAGUCUUUAACGUAAGAGAAGAGUUUGUUUUCAACUUUCUAUUUUCGUACCUUAAAACAAUCAAGAGUCGUCAAAAUAUCAAUCAAUGUAAAUAAUUUAGUCUCGUACUUAAUGGAAGAGAGAUAUUUACCUUGCGUAAUUGUGUGAACAAACUAUUUGAAAUAGAGAAUUUUUCUUACAAGCCACUUUUUAUGAAACUAUCCAUUUAGAAUAUAAUUGAUCUUAUACAAAGCAUCCUUCUUGAAAAAUAAAUAAUUAUUUUCUCAAAUAAUCCCAGCGACAUCAUUCAUUUGUGUGAAGCAUUGUUUACUUUUAUUAGACCUCUUACUUGGAAUUGUCUUUAUAUACCAUUUUUACCAACUCAAAUGAUAGAGACUCUUCAUAUAAUGGUUCCCUAUAUUAUUGGCAUUCAUAGAAAUAAUAAAGAUUAAGUUCUUUCUUCAGUAGAAUCUGAAAAUAAAGUUUUCCUUGAUUUAGAUAGUGAUUAUAUAAUUUAAGAUGGACUGCAAUUACCAGAGUUUUUAAAGUUUCACUUGAAAGAGUAAUUGAGAGAUAAAUUAAAAAAUUAUAAAGACACGCUUAAGUAAGGAACCAAAAAAGAGUAGAAUCUCAAUUUUAUGAAUCUCAUUCUAAAUAUGAAGAAAAUUUUCUUAUAAUUUAUGAUUUCUUUAAUUAAUAACUACUUACCCUUCUUUCUUUUCCCAACGGAUUUUGAUUAUGAAAGAGAUGUCAGCAAUGAAAUAUUUGACUUCAAGGCUUAUUUUAGAUUUUUAGAUGCUUCUUCCGAACCUUUUUACCAAGAAUUCGUCUAAAAAACUAUGAUUUUUAGAAGCUUUAUUGAAGAAACAUAUAAGAUUUUAAGAUAAGUUGAAGUUUUUAACAGAGAUAUUCGCGAUAUUAGAGACUAAGAGGCUCCCCAGUAUUUAAUAGAGUUCAUAAAGGAAAUUUAAAAAUUAAAUUCUUACAUUUAGUUACAGAGCCAAAAGAGAAUUGAAAUAACUAAUGUUAAUGUGUACAAAUACCCUGACCUUCUUCACACUUUAAACCUUGAGCACUCUAUUAUUAUUAACAAUUACAUGCAAGAAUUAUAGAGAUAAAACUUUACAGAAACUAAAAAUGAAUUGCUUAAAUACUUGAUCUUUUUCUAAAAAGAUUUAAAGAAAAAGCAAAGUUAGAAUCCGUUCUAUCCUUCAAAUAUUAAAAGUAUUUCAGCUCCUCUUUCACCAAUAUUAGAACAAAUAGGAGAGAUUCCUAUUAUUAAUUUAGAUGAAAUAUAAAAUGAUGUAGAUAAAACUAUUACGAAAAAAGCUGAAGAAAGCAAGUAGCAUAUUUUUUUAAAGCAGCCAUACUUUUAGGAAUAUAACCCAGACUUUUAAAUUUUAUUAGAUAAUCAAAAUUAAAUAUUUGAGAUUAAAGAAUUUGAAGAUUAGAGUUCUAAAAUUUUAAUCCCUUAAUUUGCUAAGAAUAUUAACAUAAAGCAUGAAAUGGAAAACCACCACAGAUAGAAUCUCAGCAUUUAAGAAUUUUCCACUAAUGAGUUAAUUAUUCCCUACCCAUCUCCUAAUAGAAAUAAUUUAAAUCUAAAUUAAUCUAAUAAUGUUUCUAAAGAAUUCUUGACAUUUCAAAGCUAGUAAAGACUUCAUUCAGAAUAGAGUUCUUUCAACAACGGAUACAAUGGAAUGCAGUUUAAUUCAUAAAAUAAUUUUUAACCAAACGGAAUAAUGUUUUCUACUGAAACCAGAUGGAAUAAAUUUGAAUAACCUGCUAAAAAUACUGGAACUUCAUCUUAGAGCUUAAAAAGAAAUUCAAGGAAAAUAUUUGAAAAUACAGUAACUUAAUUCUCUGGAAAUUAUUGUUCUGCUGCUUAUAAGCCAAGGACUACGUUAGAUCCUAACAAUCAAAGAAGAUUUAGCAAUAACAUUAAAUAAAAGGCUAAAACUGACAUGAGUAUUGAGGAAAAGAAUGAUACUUAGGAGGAUUUACGUUAUCACAUUUUUAAUAACCAAAUUUAGAUUAAAGAAGACACUCUAGGAGAAGAUGCAUAAGAUGAAGAUUAUAAAUUCUUCAAAAUAGAAGAGGUACCAAAAAAAUAAAUAGCCAAAAAAGAUAAAUCUUUAUCUCCUAACCGCUCAGACAUUCCUGAAGAAAACUAAGUAGAUACUGUACCUGACUUCUUUAGAGGAGAGUUAGAAAUGAAAAAUAUUGUAACAUUAAAUAUCGACCAGAUAACUAGUUGCCAUACAUUUCGUAAAAAGGAGUCGUCAAACUAAGAUAAAACUAAAAGUCACUUUAAAUCUGUUUAAAAUUUUGGAGGAUAAGCAAACACUCAAAGAAGUUUGAAUUGCUAAAACAAUUUUGCUUUUACUUCAAUAGAAGAGAGCGAGCUAGAUAAUGAAUAUAAUCAUAAUAAAUCUAACGAAGAGGAGUUUGGUUCAGAUCCUUUACUUGAAAUAAGAAAUCAUUUCUUUUAAGAUUAAUUAUCACCUGUAAAUACAUGCAGCAGAUUUUCUUUGUCUAAUAAUCCUUUUACUGUAAUAUCUCCAGUAAAUUAAGGCAGUGGCUAGAUACCUCAAUUAAAAAGUGCACAUUUUUAACCACCUUACUUUAAGAAUAAUAAAGUUAGUAGUAAUAGCCAAGUAAUACCUCGUAAGGCUAUUUUUAAUACAUUAAUUUCUGAUUAAAACAAAAACUCAUAAUAUUCAAAGUGUUGCAUAAAGACUGAAGAAAACCUAGAUAACAGGUUUUAAUUAUCUAUUAAUUAAAGCUAGCAAACAAAUGUUAACACUUAGUAAGAUAUAUGUUCUCCAACUAACUCUAAAAUAUUUUCAUAUAAUUGGAAAAUAUAAAAUGGUAUUUAGCUCAAUACUUAAAUAACAAUUGAUGAAGAAGAUAAUCAAGCUCUAUUAACAAAUGGUAGCUAAAUUUUUUCAUAAGGAAUAAAGUCCCCAACUUAAAAAGCUUUAAGCCCUCAAAGUAACUAAAUAAUUAACCUACAAGGAAUUAAAUAUUAAUAGUCCAGCAUGACUAUAGCUGCUAUAGCUGGCUCAUAAAACCAUUAAAACUUGAAAAUUUAGCAAAAAAUUAAAAAUAAUUAUUUUCACACUGAGAAUGUACAAGAAGAAGAAAAUGAAAAUUUAUCUACAGAACCUAGAGAUAAACCACAUCAAACUUAGCUUUAGUCAAGAAUUAUUUUUAAUCCUUCUUCUUAAAUAUUAAAUAAGUAAAAAACCAAAUUGAAAGUAGAUAUCUAAAAAAAAUAAAGUUAUUUAUAAACUUAUGAAGAAAAUAAGUUUGAGAAUACUCAAAUCAAAGAUGACCCAUUGAUUCUAAAAGAUUAUUUUUCCUAUGAAAUUAGUAAUAAUAAAGUCAAUACUAACAAUAAUUUAAAUAAAGUAAAACAAGCUCAAACAAAUUAAAAAAUAUAAGUACCAAAUUUACUUAAUAAAGCUGUUAACUAAUAAAUGAAUAUCCAAACAGAAAGUGCUGAAGAAGAAAAAAAGAUGCUCCAUAAAAGAAGAGGGAAUAGCAGUUAAAGCAAUUUAGUUGUGAAUGCAAACAAUAAUCGCUCUUUGUCCCAAAUUAAUCUUACAUAAGUCAAUCAAAGUACAAACAAUGCGAAUAUUAAUCACUCGAAAAACUAGACAGGUCUAACACUUAAAUAAUACUCUGAAACAAACAGAGAUAUAAAAACAGCUAAUUAUUCAAAUAACUUUUAAAAUAAUACGUAAAAUAAAAAGACUACUAAAUUUAAAAUAUUUGAUCAAUCCUAAAACGAAAAAUAAAUUUAAUAAAAUAUACCAGCAAAAAUUUAAUAAAACGAUGUCAAAAUAAAUUAGAGUUCUGACGUUAUGUAAAAUAACUAAAAUUAAAUUAAUACAAACCUUCGUACUAUCCUUUAAAACACAUAAAACUAAAUUUCUAAAGAACAUUAAGCUGCUGUCUAACAGGAAAAAACCCAUAAUUAAUAGGGUCCAUUACAACCUUAGCAAAACGAAUAAAAUAUACUUAAAAAAAAUAACAGUUAGGUUAUCUAAGGCAAAGAAACCAUAUCUCAUAUGCUUCAAUAGAGAAGAUAGUCUAAAGAAUAAUAUUUUAAUCAAAAAUUUUAAGCUCCCUAAACUUUAUUAUCAGGAGAAAAUAAAUUAAAUUAUAAUAACUAAGUUUAGAAUAACAGUUAAAACAGUUCUGUUGUUACAAAUAAUUAAAAUGACAAAAUUAUAAAGCAAAACUUAAUAAUUAAUUAAAAUUAAUAGUAAAAAAUAUCUGCAAUAAAAUAAAUAAGCUAACAAAAUUACUUUUUAUCAAAAAAUAAUCAAGUAAAGACUACUUCUGUAGCUAAUUAAAAUAAAAUUAAUUCAAAAAGAAUAUUUUGA